AGAAAAUUAUGGGAUUUUCCGUGGAAUUGAAGUACCAUGUGGAAUUUCAAUAUUAUGCAUGAAAUUCAACAAUUUUAACGUUUGAGACAAAAAGAAAAGGAAAAAAGAGGGCGCGUGAUAUAACGCUCCACCUAUGCAGGCUGAGUGGGGAGAGUGCGCUAAGAGCCCGAAUUGACGAACUCAAACACAAGUCAAGCUUGUAUCUGUUUUUUACAAUUUUUAAUAUUAUUAUUAUUAUUUCCCCAGAAUAAUAUUAUUAAAGCUCCUAGAUUUUCGUAAACACAACAUAAACACUAAUCUGAGAAAGACCCCAUAUUGGGUUCUGGUUUUCUUUUCAUCUUCUCUUUUACUGGACCAAGGAAAAAAAAUAUAACAGUAAAGAUAGAAGAAGAAGAAGAAGAAGACUGAUAAAUGUCUUCCAAUUCAGUUCGUUAUCGUUCUCACUCUCUGAUUUUCAGUGUAAUACUGCUAUAUUUUGGUCUCUUUGGCCAUUGUUUUUCUUCUGGUGAACAGGUUUCGUUCAACACCUUUACUGUUUCCAGCUUCAGUUACCCUUCAACCACUCUCAGGUCCUUUGACUUGCGUUAUAUAAGAGUUGAAUUGCCACCCUGGUUCUCUUCAAUGUCAUUGGAGUUGCACUCAGAUGUAGACCUUGGGACUGUAAAGCUGGCAAAGAUUCCUAGAAGUCGGCUUCCAAUAAUUUGCUUCAGAUAUGGCAGCCUCCCACUGACAGAUAGUAGUGGUUCUCUGAAGGAUUCUGGCCAUUCAGUUUUAGUUCCUGUCUUUAAUACCUCAUUUGAAGGAAUACAAGCUCUUCAAAAUGGGGAGCAGUGCUACCCAAUGCAGAAAAAUUUCACACUUAGCUUGACAAAUGAACAGAUAUCCCCUGGAGUUUGGUAUUUUGGUCUUUUUAAUGGCGUUGGACCUACGAGGACACAGUCGAAGAUGAUUAAUCGUGGCCCAGCAUAUUCUUUCAGUGCCAACAUUAGUGUGGAAGGAUGUACAACCUCAACCAUGUGGGGUCAAUACUGCAACCAGACGAUUGAUUCACUUUCAUGUGCUCUAACCAGCAACUAUAAUCUGGCAGAAAAUUCUUCAAAUGCUAUGUUAUAUAACCAAACGACAGAUAUUAUUGCCUGCCAAAAUAAUUUCGAAACUUCUUGCCACGGUGAUGGUGAACCAAAAUUCUACACUUUGGACAUAAUGGGAGUGGCGGAAGAGUUACGUAUUACUGCAAGGAAUGUCAGUCUUAAUGUAACUCCUCCAAAUAAGACAGGCAAUGUUAGUGAAAUAAAUUUAAUGUGCAUUGUUCGACAUGGUGCUAUGCCAUCAACAGUUCUGUACGAUUAUUCCGGUGACAUCAAUAAAGCCCCGUUGGUGAUUCGUUCACCAAAGAUUGGUCGAUGGUAUAUUUCCUUCUUGCCUUCUAAUCUUUCGAAAGUACUUGGUGGAGUUCAGGGAACAAAUAAUAAGCUCUGCUACUCCAUGGAGUCUAAAGUAAUUCAGUGUCCACUGGGGAAGGCUGGACCAAAUUGUACUUGGGAAAAAUACAUCCUUCAGACAGUUGUCAGGAGAGGUUCCGCGCCAUUUGAAUCUUAUUUUUUGCCAGUCAGUGGAAAAGUGUCAUCAGAUUCAGCCAAUUUUCCUCUUGAACCCAUUCUUACCAACUCCACAUUUAAUGGAGAACCAGAUAAGUCAUGGACUUAUUUUAUUAUGGACAUUCCUAGAGGUGCAGCUGGAGGAAAUAUCCACGUCCAACUCACAUCAGACACAAAGAUUACUUCUGAAAUAUACACUAGGUUUGGUGGAUUGCCGUCGCUUGAUAGCUGGGACUACUAUUAUGCAAACAAGACAAUAAAUAGUGGUGGCUCCAUGUUUUUCAAGUUAUAUAAUUCAAGUGAAGGAAAAGUAGAUUUUUACAUUCUAUCGAUUAGGGAAGGAACCUGGAGUUUUGGAAUAAGGCAUAGAAAUGAGAGCCGUAUUGCUUCCAAAGAUCAGACCACUAUGUCUAUUUCCCUUGAAAGAUGUCCAAAGAGAUGUUCCUCUCAUGGAGAUUGCAAAUUUGCUCUGGAUGCAAGUGGUUUAGCAUUAUACAGCUUCUGUGCUUGUGAUCGAAACCACGGAGGCUUUGAUUGUAGUGUUGAGAUUGUGUCACACCAAGGGCACAUAAUACAAUCAAUUUCUCUUAUUGCAUCAAAUGUAGCAGCUGUAUUUCCUGCGUUUUGGGCCCUUAGGCAAAAGGCAUUAGCAGAGUGGGUAAUAUAUACAUGUAGUGGAAUUUCAAGUGGACUAUAUCAUGCAUGUGAUGUUGGAUCCUGGUGUGCGUUAUCGUUCAAUGUCUUACAGUUCCUCGACUUUUGGCUGUCUUUCAUGGCUGUGGUGAGCACUUUCGUGUACCUGACUACAAUCGAUGAAGUGUUCAAGAGAGCGAUACACACAGCUCUCGCCAUCAUCACUGCUCUCAUGGCAAUUACAAAGGCUACCAGGUCUUCCAACAUUAUUCUGGUGAUAGCAAUUGGCUCUUUGGGUCUAAUUGUUGGCUGGCUUGUAGAGUACUCAACUAAGCUUAGGUCAUUCUCCUUGCCGAUUGGAAUGUGCUUAAAUAUGAUUGACAGAUGGCAAGCAGUUAGAGUGUGGCUUCGUAAUGUUGUGAAGACGAUCUUUAGACGAUAUGUAUGGGGCUAUUUACUUGCAGGCUUUACUACAUUAGCCAUGGCAGCCAUAAGCUGGAAACUGGAGACCAGUGAAAGCUACUGGAUUUGGCAUAGCAUUUGGCAUGUGACAAUCUACAUAUCAUCAUUCUUCUUCCUUUGUUCAAAAGCAAAUCCUGUAGAUAGUGAGGAUGAAAGACCGCUGGAUCGUAAUUAUGAGUUGACUCGGCAGGAUUCAGUCCCUAGAUCUUAAUAGACAAAAGAUUCACUAAAUAAAAAGAGAAAAAGAGAGAGAAAGAGAGAAUUUUGCAUUGAUGCCAUAGGAAAACAAAAAGAAAAAUUUUGUGGAAGAGGUGAAAGAGAGUUUAAAACAAGAGGACUUCUUUUCAUAAGUUAAAGCGUAGAAUUAGCAUUUCCAAUUGUAUAUUAUCUUCAUAAGUUAGCCUAAUUUUUAUGAAAUGAUUUUAGAGACAGGAGUCACAGCCACAAGGAUAUUGUUUUGUAAGUAUCAUUCUGUACAUAAUGAGUAUUCAAUAUUCAUUAAAAAGAAAAAACACAAAAAAGACUUGCAACUUGUCAAUAUUGAAUGUCAUUUUGGUAGAGUGAGGGGGGAAUUUACAACGGUAA